UAUGACGUUGUCAGAUUGACAAGAUGACAAGUGAAAAAAUGUGGUUAUGGUAUGGUUAUUACAGUUUAAAAACAUAACUCUUUUUAGUGGAGCUAAAAGCUAAAUAACCUAAAUUAACAUGAUACGACGACUAUUAACCAAUGCUAUUGAAACUGCUUUACCGUCAGAAUCAGCACCACACUCUCAUUCUUUUUUAAAAAAUGAUCUAGCAACGUUUAGAUGGCUCGCUACCACUGGACCAUGUUUCCCAGUUCACGCAAAAAAUAUAACUAUUCUGACAGAACCUGACGAAUUUUAUAGUACCUUAAUAACAAAUUGUCAUAAUGCCAAAGAAAGAAUAACGUUUGCUAGUCUUUAUCUGGGAAAUGGGCCCUUGGAAAAGAAAAUGUUAGACUGUAUAAAAAGUAAUCUCAGUUACCAACAUAACACACUCAGUAUUAAUAUUCUGUUGGAUUUCACACGAGGAAGUAGAUACGAAUCGAAUUCCAGAACAGUACUAUUACCUUUAAUAAAUGAAAAUAAUAAAUUAAAAGUUUCCCUAUACCACACUCCUGCAUUACGAGGGUUAUUAAAAAAAUAUGUACCGCACCGUUGGAACGAAUUAAUGGGCUUACAACACAUGAAGCUUUAUAUUUUUGAUAAUACCCUCAUUAUAAGUGGUGCAAACUUAUCUAAUGAUUACUUUACAAAUCGUCAGGAUAGGUAUUUUGUCAUUAAAGAUAAAAGUUUAUGUGAUUUCUAUUGUGGCCUAGUUAAUAAAGUACAAGAUUUUAGUAUGAGUGUAGAUAAAAAUAAUAAUGUCGUUUUAUCAGAUAAUUGGGAUAUUAUGCCUUAUGGUAGCAAUAAUAAUACCUUCAUAAAAAAAGCUGCAGAAAAUAUAGAAUUAUAUCUUCAUAAAAGUAUAGCACAGCAAAGUAUAUGUGAUAAAGAUAAACAUGAUACUUGGAUAUUUCCAUUAAUACAGAUGGGUCAACUUGGAAUAGAACAUGAUGCCCAUGUUACUAAUAAACUCUUAGCGGAUGCACCACCUGGUAGUAGACUAAGAAUAGCCACUGGUUAUUUUAAUCUUACUCAUGAAUACAUGAAAACUUUAACAGAUUACUGUCAAGCAUCAUGCGAUAUUUUGAUGGCACAUCCAAAGGCUAAUGGGUUUUUAGGCGCCAAAGGUUUAGCUGGUGGGAUUCCUUAUGCUUAUUCAGUGAUAGCUAAGGAUUUUAAAAAGAUGUAUGAAAAAAGAGGUCAGAAACAAAGAAUUAAAUUAUUUGAGUAUUACAAAGAAGGUUGGACUUAUCAUGCCAAAGGCUUGUGGUAUUAUUCUCCAAAUUCAGAUGUUCCAUGUCUAACGCUUAUAGGGUCACCAAAUUUUGGAGAAAGAUCUGUUAAAAGAGACCUAGAAACCCAAAUAGCGUUAAUAACUGAAGAUCCAAAAUUACGUGAAAACCUAGAAAAUGAGUGUUCUAGAUUAUAUAAAAUGGGUACAGAUGCUGAGACUGAUAGAAAAGUUCCAUUAUGGGUAAAUGCAUUUGUAAUAUUCUUCAGGAGUUACUUUUAAAUUAAAGAUUGUUUUAUUUUGUUUUUAUAUAUUUGUUACAUUGUUAAAAAUAUAUUUAUUUUGCUUUUUCA